AUGCUUUCUAGACAAGUUACUUGGACCAAAACUAGAUUGGUUCCUAUAAGAGAUGCGCCACACUUUGUGUUUACACCAACUCCCAUUUGCUCAAAUGUGAGACACAUUUUAUACUCCCACAAUGCUGGUAAUAGCCAAAGAAACUUUUCUAUCUCCACCACAUCUCUCAAGUGCAAGUCCAAGUCCAAAAAGAGAAGAGAAAAACAUAGACGCAUUAAUUGUGGAUCAAUAACAGAGCACAAUCAUGAAUAUGGAAACCACAAUUUGAAAUAUCGUAAACACGAAAGAUUGAUUGAUAAAACAGAGGCAGCACCCUCUUUUCAUGAAGGAACAUUAAUUACCAAAAUCUACAAAGAAGAGCCCAUCCAUUGGCUCAACAAUAAACUGACCUCUUUACCAACAAGAAAUAAUGAUGUUGACACCAACGACGCAGCAUUUGCAUCAGCAACUGCAACUGCAACAGCAACAGAUGCGAGCAUUCUAUCAAACCAAAUUGGUGAUUACAAAAUUGAUACAUUACUCAACCAAUUAGAGCAAAUGAUUAAAGUUAAAGACAGUGUAACCAAAGAGAAACACCACCACUCCUACUUUAAACAAAUUUCAACAAUUGAAAACAACAUCAUUAAUGAGCUACUCAAGGAUAACAAAUUCCUCAGAAAAAAUAAAAGUGGCAUAUCAGAUUCUUUAGCACAAGUUGUUCGGAAUAGAAUGCAACAGAUUAGUGACAUGGACUCAUAUGCCAUGGUAAUGCUAGACACAAUGAUUGACUUUGAACACGAUAAAAAAAUGGAUGCUUUGCCACUUCUGAUAUUUGAGUUUAUCGAAUUGGAUGAAAACUUUGACGAGUUUAUGCUUAUCAAAGAUAUCGUUGGUGGCUCCUUUGCUAACAAACAAGUUGCAAUAGCUCGUAUUGACGAUUUCAUUGAAUCAAUAUUGGAAACUAGCGUAUUUGAUCAAUGGCAAACAGACAAAUUUGUCUAUUUGGCAUGCAAAUUGAAACUAGCUGCCUCAGCACUAACAUUUGAUAAAAAUAACUCUUUUGAACUUUUAGACUCGGUUGAACCACUUCCAGAAUACUACGAAGAAAGUGAAGGAUUUGAUACAAUUCUGGAUGCAGCUAUUACAGAAAUGAAUAUCGAUUUAGAGUCUAAAGACAAGCCACAAAUUCAGAAUCCAAAAGAAUUUGAAUCUCAAGUUGACGAAAAGACAUUACAAACUCAUCGCGUAGUUGCUUCUGCAAGUGAGAUGGAUGCAAUCACUAAUAAUAUAACCAAGAAACUGAGUAUUGAUUCACUCAAGAAUCCUUUGCAAAAGUUUGCAAAUUCCGAAUUCUUGAAUGCAAAUGGAUUCAGCACUUAUAAGCAGAUGCCCGAUUGGUUACACCUCGAACGCCAUGUCGAUGAAAUUGCAUUUUUGAAGAAACAUGUUGGUGAUUUCAAUGACAAGGAUCAGGUAUUGCAAAAGGCACACGAAUUGAUGGAGCUUGUAACAAAAGAUGCAAAUAUGUAUCCAGAACUCAAUGGAGGUAGUUUUAUCAAGUUGAGAUCCAAAUUGAUGGAGUUUGCCAACGGAAAUACUCAAGAUUGUUUAAACAUUUUGAAUACCGUUAUGAUCAACCAGGAUGCCUUUACCAAUUUUGAAAGACAAAUGUUGCAGAAGAAGACGGAGAAGGAGAAGGAGAAGGAGAAGAAAAUAAAUUUAGUGUCAAUUAAUGAGGUGGAAGAAAAACAAAUUAAUACUGACAAAGAAGGUAUGGUAAGAGUUGCCUUUUCUAAAGAGAAAAAAUCCUUGGUAUAUAGGCAAAUUCCAGACUGGUUACAUCUUGAUCGUCACACAAAUGAAAUUAAGUUUUUGAAAAGCCAAGUGCAAAGUUUUAGUGACAAGGGUGAGGUGUUAAAUGCAAUGGAAACAGUUUUGGACGAAAUCACAGAGGACGAGACUGUUCAUCCCAAACUAGACGUGAGUAGUUUCUUAAAAUUGAGAUCAAAGUUGAUUGAAUUUAGCUCUGGCAACUCAAUCGAUUGUUUGGAAAUCCUCGAUACAGUUAUUGUUAGUUACGAUGCUUUUGAACAAUUUGAAAAGCAAAAGUCUAAGAAACUGGAAACACAGAGUAAAGCACAGAGUAAAGCACAGAGUAAAGCACCGAGUAAAGCACAAAGUAAAGCAAAUUUGAAAAAGUUGGAGAGUGUUGAUCAGUCAUGGAAAAAAUCUCCAUUACGUGACUAUAUACCUGAGCUUUUAUCCUUGAAGGGCCUCUUAGGUGUGCAGCUGUUCAAAGAUAGCGAAGAGAGCACAAUUAUUCGUGUUUUGGAUGAUAUUGUGGGAGAGCAUUUUGCACAAUCUAUAGGAAAAGACGAGGAGGAAAGUACAAAGGAGGCAUUUCGAAUGCUUAGGUUAAAGGCAAAGCUUCAAAAUUUGUUUGAAACAAAUGUUAAAGGACGAGCAUUCUUGGACUUUUUGAUUACCGAAGAAGUAAUUGAAGAGGCAAUAAUGGCUCCAACCACAGUUUCCGCUUUAGAAGGUCAAAUCAAUAAGCCAGUUAUUAAUAAUAACAGUCCAAGACAGAUAAAUGAACCUGUCACCACCACUACCAGCACCACCAGCACCACCAGCACCACCAGCACCACCAGCACCACUAGCACCACCAGCACCACCACUCCUGAUGAUAUUGCUCGUAGUGAACAUUCUCAAAUUCAAAGGAAUAUAGAAAAUGAACAAGUCCCAGCUGAUUCACCUGACUUAGCAGAAUUUUCAAACACAAAUAGGUUGCAAAAAACACCAGAAAAAUUCAAAGACCAGAGGGAAGAGCAAGAGAAAGAGACACACUCCAAUUUUGUGCUUGAUGUUGCCAAAUUGGAAAAGUAUUUACAAAAAGCAAAGGCUGAAAAAGAUAGCGAGCUUCGUGCUAAAGAAGCGUACGACUGGAGUGUUGAGCAAUUACAGGCACAAAAUUGGAAAGUGGUGGACACGGAAGUUAGAGAUGGCCGUCAAUAUGUGACUAUUCGCGCCGAGGGGCCAAACGACGGUGGCUCUCGGAAAGCAAUGACAGAUAUGCUAAAAGCUAUGACGGUUAUAGCAUUGGGUCUUAUUGGCAUCAGCUACUAUAUUGAUGAAACAAGGGGAGCUGAGGUAAAUGAGAAGAAAACCAACACUGCUGGUUCAGUCGAGACUUUGGAGAAUGCUGACCGUGUACUUGCUGCUAGUAGACCAACGACAAAACCUUCGUUGUCUGAAGAAGCAAGAGAUGCCAAUUCUGCACCAGAAAUUACAGACUUGAUAGAUCUUUUACCAAGUCAAAAAAAUUUUAAAGAUGCAGAGAAGAAGGUGGGAGACCUUUCAAAUUCCAGUUGGUGGCUGGGUCUUUUUUGGAAAAAGUAG